CUUGUCGGAAAGUGUCGAGAGCUCCUACUACGCAUUGGAGAUUAGACCAAGGUUCAAAUAGUGGGCGCGCACUUUUAAGUAUUUGGGUUAAAUUUCCUCAGAAAAAAGUAUUAGGGUUAAAACAGUGGGCGGCGAGAGAGCACGUGCACAAGCGUGAAUGACGACACUGUUCGAUAAUUAAAUUAGUGCGUGGCGCAAGAAAGCACCCCAUGCAGUGCGUCCUCGCCAUUUCCCAGCUUAGCAUAUCGCUCCUCCGGCGAGAGCGAGACCAGUUCGACCAGAAACCACCCGCCGGCGGGCGGAAGGAGAGGAAGGAGCCAUGGCCGAGCUCGCGACGGGCGCCGUGAGCUCGCUGCUGGUCGUCAUCCGCAGUGAGGCGCUGCUGCUGCGCGGCGUCCGGGACGACGUGCAGUUCAUCAAGGAGGAGAUGGAAAGCAUGAAGAGCUUCCUGGCGCACCUGUCCAGGUGGGCGCCCCCCGGCGGCGAGCACGACGAGCAGGUGCGCACCUGGAUGAACCAGGUGCGGCUGCUCGCCCAGGACUGCAACAACUCUAUCGGCCUCUACCUCUACAGGGGGAACCCUGACAUCCAUCGCGCCAGAGGAGGGCUCCGAGGCUACCUCUGGUGGGCGACCUGGUUCUUCCACAAGUUGGCCGCACAGCACCGCGCGGCCGAGGAGCUGCGCUUGCUCAAGGAGCGGGCGCGUGACGUCGGCGAGCGGCGGUUGAGGUAUGGCGUUGAGGUCCCGGACAAGUCAGGGAAGGGGCAAUUGGCUCCGAUGGCAUCGUCAUCGUCGUGGGCUGCUGCGGCAGGUGGCUAUGCUACUGCUGGGGCCGAGGACGACGAAGAAGAUGACGGUGACGGCCAGCUCGUGGGGCCACUGGCGACAGGCGGAUCUUCUGGUCCAAGAGCCUUCACCGAGCCACGUACUCUGGACGAUUACGUCAUCGCAAAGCUAUGGGAGUGGUUCAAUGGAAUUCCUUAUACCGCCGGCGAAUGUUUGUCCACGGUCGUUGUGGCAACCUACACAUAUCAGGACCUCCUCGCUCUUGUAGAAAAAAUGUGGCUUUUCAGUCAAAACCCAAAGGGCGGCUACGAUCGCAUUGUCGUGGUUGACAUACCGGCCGUGCACCCCAAUUUUAUGCCGCUACGGCCCAAGGAGGUUCUCUUCUACAUUCUGCGGGAGCUCAAGCUUGCCAAAUCCAACCCCAAGGAGCAAGACACAGAAGGCCAGGUGAAUCUUGAAUCUUGGGAAGUUUACCUGAGAAGAUGGCAAAUUUACCAUGAAAAGAAGAGUGCUCUUCUUGAUAUCAAGGAGAUUAUUGAAGAGAUGAAGAUUGAUGAAAAGCUUGACAAAAUCAAAAGUGGUAUUCAUGGUCAACUAGCAAAGGGCGACGGACAACCAAAGGGUGACAAGCUGCUGGGUAAUUCUGACCAGUUGGACCUGGACGAACUACUUCAGCUGGUGCUCCAGACAGCGUCUCAACAAGAUCAAAACGGGAAGGACAAAGCCAUGCAUAUAUUACCAGCGUGGAACAAAACGAACAUCAUCGUCAAGAAGCUUAAGGAGCAUAUGGAAGCAAAGGAAAAGGACAAGAAGCUUGAAGAGGAAGAAGUUGCCAAGCAUAUGGGGGUGGAAGAAGGAGAAGAAGCUGCGGCGAAGCAUAUGAAAGAGGAAGGAGGAGGAGAAGUAACACGCAAACAUAUGGAGGAGGGGGGAGGAGAAGUAGCCAUACAUUGGGAGGAGGAUACGAAGGAUGGGGGGCGAAAAGUAACCACAGAUAAGGAGGAGGAGGAGGAGGAGGAGGAAAAGGAAGAAGAAGAAGAUGAUGAUGAUGAUGAUGAUGAUGAUGAUGAUGACGACGACGACGAUGAAGAAGGAGAAGAAGAUGACGACGAUGAUGAAGAAGAAGGAGAAGAAGAUGACGACGAUGAUGAAGAAGGAGAAGAGACGACAUGGAUUCAGCUCCACAAGGCACAAUAUGCACACAUCUUGCAGAAGUUGUUCCCCAAGAGCAGUAGCAGCAGCAAGCCCGUGCAGUCUCAAGACAGAUCCUUGGACAAGCAAGCUACAAAGACAACAACGUCUACACUAGGUGAGGAUCAAAUAAAAAUACUCAUCCACAAAGCAAAGGAAGAUAUCUUACGGGAGCUGCAGCAAGGCAAACAUGACAAGAGUGAAGGGAUAGGUGAACCUGCAGCUACGGAUCAAAACACAGAAAGUGUUUCUGACAAAAUAUUUGCCGGUUUCGUGAACCAGAUGAUGGAAAAAAUGAAGCACGAGUUUAGAGAGCAGUUCAAGAUCAAAGGGCUCGUGAACAAGAUUAAAAAUAACUUGAAUCCUCAUCCGUUCUGGGAUAAGUGUGAAUGCCCCCUGGUUAUCCUUAAAGUUGAUGAGCUGAUGGAUGUUUCCACAUGUGAGGAUAUCAGAAAUGCUUUGAGCCUGCUAAACUGCAGCGCCGAUUUGAUGAUUGUCACCGCUGCAAAGGACAUCCAGCUGGCUAAAGAAUAUUGCUAUCCACGGCUGGAACCUAUAGACUAUUCUCUUGCUGGCCUCUACCAUGAUACAGUGCUCGAGCUUACCAGUCAGCAGAAGAAUGAAGACAGCUAUAAUCCCCAAAUUGUUCAUGAUAUCUUGUGCGAGUGUGAGCCACAUGAAUUCUGCAUGAAGGUCUUCACUCAUGCUUUGUAUGCAAACCCCAAGAGGAGCGAUGAGGAGCUACUCAAGCUGCACGGCACCCUUAAAGAUUUGCCAACAAAAUCAUUCAACAACAUCGCUAAGGUGAUGUUCAAGUUCUCUUACAAUGAUCUGCCUAAAGAAUACAAGUCCUGCUUGCUGUACCUAGCUAUCUUUUCUCCCGGACAAAAGAUCAGGCGGUCAACCUUGAUUGCACGCUGGGUUGCAGAAGGGCUGACAUCCAAGGAAGAUUGGCCCAGUUCUGUGCGACGGGCCAACCAAUGUUUUGACAAACUCGUUGGCCGGUGCCUUGUUCAUCCUGCUGAUAUUGGUACCACAGGAAAUGUAAAGAGCUGCAUCGUUGGUGAUCCGGUCCAUGGAUUCAUUACUGCCAUCGCCAGAAAACAACACAUUGUGGAGACACGACUGUCACAUCACUUGGCUCGCCACUUCUCCAUUUUCAACGAUCUCCAACUCCGCAGCUCUGAUAGAAUUGAUCAAUUCUUCAAGGGGCUCUCUAAAUCAUCUCAAGUAUCCCUGCUCAAGGUGCUAGAUCUAGAAGGUUGUAUGUGCUUUCUUAAGAAGAAACAGCGGUACCUCAAGGAAAUCUGCAGCAAGAUGUUACUGCUCAAGUAUCUGAGCCUAAGGAGAACAGAUAUUACCGAGCUACCCAGUGAAAUCAACAACCUCCGUGAGCUAGAGGUACUGGAUAUCCGAGAGACUAAGGUGCCUCCACAUGCAACAGCACAUAUCCUGCUACUGAAGCUGAAGCGUAUGCUUGCUGGUCACAUUGAUGCAAGCAAUUUUGAAUUUAAUCCCUGGAUUCCUCAUAGGAUCGACAAAAUGGUAAACAUGGAGGUACUAUCCAAUGUCAAGGCCAAGCAGAGUCAUGAUUUAAAAGAUAUUGGAAGGCUAUGGCAACUGAGGAAGCUAGGUGUGGUUAUCGAUGAUAAGGAUAGUCACCUCAAGAAUUUGCUCAAGGCAAUCAGUGACCUACAUGAGUGUCUCUGUUCUCUGUCAAUCACUAUUCCCGUAGUCGCACCACAUGAGGCAGAGUUACCAGAAGUCAAUGUACCUUACCUAAAAAAACAUCCCAAGAUUCUUGAGUCUCUAAGCAUCAAGGGAACCACACAGAAGGGGCGUCUCCUUCCAUUGUUCAUAAAAGGUGAUAACAACAAACUUGCCAAGAUAACUCUAUGUCACACUCUGCUGAGCCAAGAUGAUCUGGAAGUCCUCGCCAAACUGCCAAAGUUACGGUGUGUCAGGCUCCAACACAUUGUAUGCAUCGAGCACACGCUGAACUUCAAGGAAGGUGAAUUCAGAUGCCUCAAGUACCUUCUUAUUGAGGACUUGGACUUGACUAAUAUCACUUUUGAGGAUGAGGCAGCCAGUGAGCUCGAGAAGAUGGUUUUGUCUAUCAGCAGCAAAUGCUCUAUUUCUGGAGUUGACUAUCUUCUUAAGCUGAAAGAGCUUGAGUUGAACAGCAGCUUCUGUGGCAGUUUGCUUGACGAUGCCAAACAGAUAGCCAAGCUAACUCUUUGUGGUACAUUGCUAGAGCUGGAUGCUCUACAAACACUCACCAAGAAACCAAAUAUACGCACUCUGGUGCUCCUGGACAAGUCUUUUGGUGGAAGUCAGAACGAGAUUACAUUGAAAAAAGAUGAGUUCUUAUGGCUCAACCUCCUUGUUGUCGACUGCUCGGCCAUCACCAAGAUUGUCUUCAACAGCGGGUCUGCUCCUAGGCUCGAGAAAAUUGUCUUGUCAUCUUCCACAUCUCUCUCCAGCAUCGACAAACUUCCAAGAUUGAAGGAGCUUGAGUUCAACGGUGACAAAGUCCCCAAUGAGGUGGGUAAGGCCAUUGAAAAUCACAAAAACAAGCCUAGUCUUAAACAUAAUGGACCAGAAACUCGAAAUGAAGCAAAAGGAGAUGAAGAAGAGGAUGACAACGAUGCUGCAACAUUCUCCUGCUGGAAGAAACAGGUUUGACACCCGAAGGGCCCCUCCGUUCAUCCCACGGUAUGGUUUGCGUGUGCUAGUGUGGAUUGCAAUAUGUUCUGCUUGUCUGUUAAUUUCUUUGUGUUUAUAUUCCAGCGUGCAUUGCAACUGAAGUAUUUCCGUUUACUUGCUCUACCUGAGUGCCCUAGUGGCUUUGAUUGAGCAUAAACGGUUGUAUCUAUGCUUGGAUUUGAAUUUGUGUGGCUUUCCUCUGUAUCGAACAUCAUAUGAAUUCGUGUACGGUUUCAUGUAAUAAGUACGAUGCUUUAUCGCACAUUUGACUUCUUAUUAAAAUAUACAGUGUGAUAUCAAUA